AUGUCAGACGUCACGUGGCCACGGUCACUGAGGCCGAUCAUGCCCACACCGUUCGCACCCCCUACGACAUCAGCCUCUUCGCGGAAUGUAGAGGGCGGGGCCUACAAUGACGAUGAUGACGCCGACGACGACGAUCUGAGCAGCCUCGACGAAGAGGAGGCCGAGAAGGUCGGGAUAAUGAUCGAAGGGAGCUUGGCCGAGGCCGAUACGUCGUACAGACCUACCAAGGCCAAGCAAGCGGUGAGGCCUCGAUCUCAUCUUCAUGGCUAUCGAUGUGACUGACCAACACGACCGUGACGCUUGCAGCGACGUCGAACGUUCUGCUUCUUGUUCCUCUCGAUCCUCCUGGCCUGCCUCUUGACGGCCUUCGCGCUCUCGCAUCUCUUUCGAGGCCGACAUACCUUCCACGGUGGCGGACUCAAACCCAUUUCAUUCGAACACCUGAUGAACGGAACCUUUUCCAUUCAUACCGAAAAGUUGGAUUGGCUGGCAGAAGGUGAGUGAACGCUACCGAGGACUCGGCGAUUCAUCUCGGUGCGAUCUGACCUUGCGUAUUCGAUCUUGCAGCUGGGGAUGGAGUUUACAGUCAUCGAUCGAAUGACGGAUCACUCAUUCUGGAAGACAUCAAUUCGGGCACAUCGAGGGUGCUGGUCAAGAGUGACGCGAUCAAAGACGUGAGUAGUCCCCGAACCACUGCAGAUUCGUCAGUAGGGUGCUGAUACUGAGUUCGACGAGCAAACAGGGCUCGGGACAGCCGCUCUACUGGUCAGAGUUCGCCGUUUCUGCCGACCUCAAAUACAUCCUCUUUGCGGCGAACCAAGUCAGUCAAUGGCGUCACUCUUCCCACGCCAACUUUUACGUCCAUACAGUUCAAUCGGGCGAGACUGUCGCGCUUCGACCACCAUCGGCGGCGCCCCACACGGCGAUCGCCUCGUUCUCGCCGAAAGAUCACCACAUCGCAUACGUGCACGCCAAUGACCUUUACGUCCUCGAAUCUCCGCCAAGCGUUGGCGACGUUCGACCGCCUAUUCGAGUCACCGUCUCGGGUAGUCCUACAACCUUCAACGGUGUGCCCGAUUGGGUGUACGAGGAAGAGAUCUUUGGCUCCGAUUCGGCGUCUUGGUGGUCACCCGAUGGGAGCAAGCUCGCGUUUCUCUCGUUCGACGAGGAACGGGUCCCAGAGUAUUCGUUUCCGAUCUACAAUCCGGCGGCAUGGGGUCCCGGUGGCGGAAUACCUUACCCGACCGAAACGGUGAUGCGGUACCCCAAACCGGGGUAUGCCAAUCCCCUCGUGACGAUCCACGUCUUCGAUCUCGCUAGCUACUUAGCGGUCCCUCAACGCCCCACACCGGUCGAACCAGAGGCGAAUCCACCGGUUGUCGAUCCGAGGGUACUCGAAGUGACGUACGAACUCGUCCUCUCCAAGCCUUUCGAUCCCAACGAUAUGCUCGUCAGCGAAGUAACUUGGGUUGGCAAGGAUGAUCUCAUGAUCAAGGUCACAGACCGGACGGCGCAGAUCCAGCGUACUGCGCACUUCCGUCUCGACGAAGCGGUUACCGAUCGAAGAAUCGUGGGAAAGGUGGUGCGCGAGGAGGAUUUCGGCAAGAUUGACGGAGGAUGGAUCGAACCUACCCAGACGAUCGUGGGGAUCGACUCGACGAUUCUCCUUCAUUCUCACCAGAAUGACGCGUCCGCUGAUGCCAUUCGGCCUAGACCGUCUUUCCCGUCGGGCUAUCUCGACGUUGUCGCCGACUCGGAGGGGUUCCGUCACGUCGCCUACUUCUCCCCGCCCGACACCGCGACACCUAUCUUCCUCACCCGAGGAAAGUGGGAAGUCGUCGAGUCGUUAUCGGCGAUCGAUCUCUCGAGGGGGCUCGUUUACUUCAUCGCUGCAAACCCCUCGAUCGAGCGCCAUCUCUAUUCGAUCCCUUUGCCAAAGACGACUGCCGAACUGAACGCCCUCAGUCAAGCGGGUGCUGAGCUUGUGGCACCGACGCCGUUGACGGACGUAACCAAGAUGGGACACCACACGGUCAGCUUUUCUCCCUUCGCCGGAUUCUACGUCGUCAACUACCGGGGACCCGAUAUGCCUUGGCAAAAGUUGUACAAGGUCGAUGAUCAGAGUGAGUUUGGCCCUCUCAAUUCUGGAGCUGAUCCCGCGAGCUGAUCGACGACAGCCCCCAACUCUCACUCAGGCUUCACCAAAAUUUUGACCGACAACGCUGCCCUGGCUAAAAUAGAUGCGGCAUUUCAGCACGUCGACAUCAGCUACUCGACCCUCGAGCUUGAAGGCGGCUAUAGUGUGAAUAUCCAGGAGCUCCGACCUCCAUUGAUCGAUGCCUCAGGCCGAAUGAAAUACCCCCUCCUCGUCGAAGUCUACGGUGGACCCAACUCGCAAAAGGUAUCAACGGCGUUCGAGAGGGAUUGGCAUCACUUCCUCGUCACUUCGAUGGGCUACAUCGUCGUACGUAUCGACCCGCGCGGAACAGGCUUCAAAGGACGGCAUUUCCGCGUCGGGAUUCGCAACCAACUCGGUUCUCUCGAAGCCUCGGACGUCGUCGAAGCGACUCGCCAACUCGUCUCUUCGCGCUCUUACAUCGAUUCGAAACGUCUUGGUAUUUGGGGAUGGUCUUACGGCGGUUAUCUGACGGCCAAGGUUGCCGAAACCAAUUCUUCACUGUUCACGUUGGCGAUGUCCGUUGCGCCGGUUACGGAUUGGAGGUAUUAUGAUUCGGUCUAUACGGAGCGAUACAUGUCGACGCCGAAAUUGAAUGGGCCCGGGUACGACAAAGCGGCCGUGGUGCAAAUGCAGGGGUUCAGAAACCUUGAUUAUCUGUUGGCGCAUGGCUCGGGAGAUGACAAUGGUAAGACCACGACCAGCGUACCCUUUUUUUUCGGAAGAGGCCCCCUGUUCUGAACUUUUGAUGCUACGCAGUCCACUUCCUCAACUCGGCAGCUUUACUCGACAAGUUGACGUUUGCUUCAGUUCGGUAGGUCGUCAUUGAGGCUCUCGGACGUAUAGACGAGCAUCGCGCUGACACCAUCUUCUUCCUGGACCUCACUCAGCACCUUCCGAUUCCGCAUGUUCACCGAUUCGGAUCACUCGAUAGGGGUGCGUUUCCUUCAUCUCGUACAAACGCCCCCCUCAAAAUCUGACCCGAAUCUCCGCUUCCUUUGGCACAGAUGAGAAAAGCCUACCCGGAACUCUUACAAUGGAUGACGGCCUUCUUGAUUGAGAAGUGGGGCGAAGGAGGGAGGUCCAAACAGAAAUGGAGGACCCACACGAAGGAGCAUUUCAUAGAAUAG